AAAAGGAGAAGCUGCUUGAAAAGGCGACACUCUUAAGAAUAAUUUUUUAUUGUUUUCAUUUUUUAAAUUCAAUAAUUAAGCUUUAAAAGACAAGGAGAACAGCGACCUACCAUUCCAAGUGCAAAACUACAGGAAAGCGUUUAUUCAGAUCUUUACUGCAUACAAAUGGGUCACCGCUUCUCGAAACGCAGACCGCCGGGCACAGACAGCUUGCCCCCAGGCCGCUUUUCAGUCAGCGAAGAGGCACCACCCCAUUAUUCUUCUUACAACUCCAGCAGUGAGAUGAGUAUUACCAUGGAGACACCAGGACAAAGGACAUCGGAGGUUCGGGACUCAAGCUCAAGGCAGGACGGUAGACGAACUUCCAUAUACAGCACCAUGGAUGCCAUGCCACACCUGGAGUUUUAUGCCAAUGCUACUGCCACAGGUCGCAUCAGGCGCAGUAGACCAUCACUGGAGACUCUUCGCAAGACUAUGGAUGAUGGCGAAUCUGGAAGUAACACAGGUGAUUCAGGUACAGGAAGUAUUUCAGUGAUCCAGGAAUGUGGAAAUGGGUCAGAGAAAAGUGAGUCAGAAGGAAAGACCUCCCAGCCAGUGCGCUUUGGAUGGGUCACUGGGGUUAUGAUUCGCUGUAUGUUGAAUAUCUGGGGAGUCAUUCUAUUCUUACGAUUGUCUUGGAUUACAUCUCAAGCUGGGAUCAUUCUUACAUGGGUAAUUAUUUCCAUGUCAGUCCUUGUGACCUCAGUAACUGCAUUGUCUGUAUCUGCCAUAUCCACCAAUGGGAGAGUCUCUUCUGGUGGUGCAUACUUUAUGAUCUCUCGUACUCUGGGUCCUGAGUUGGGGGGUCCUAUCGGUGUAGUGUUUUCUUUCGCAAACGCCCUUGCUUGCGCACUAAACACAGUGGGGUUUUCCGAGACAGUCAGAGAUCUUCUCAUUGAGUACAAUGCCCAAAUUGUGGAUCCAGUCAACGAUGUCCGAAUAGUCGGUUCCAUCACAGUUACUGUGCUUCUUCUCAUCUCAUUGGCUGGGAUGGAGUGGGAGUCAAAGACUCAGAUCUUGUUCUUCUUGGUUCUAAUGGUGUCUUUCACCAACUAUUUUGUUGGCACUGUGAUUCCAGCAACACCCAAGAAGCAGUCAAUGGGUUUCUUCAGUUACCGCAGUGAGAUCUUUCUGGAGAACCUGUUUCCAGACUGGAGAGGGCCAGAUGGUGACUUCUUUGGAAUGUUUGCUAUCUUCUUCCCAUCGGCCAUUGGAAUCCUUGCUGGAGCCAACAUAUCAGGUGAUCUAAAGGAGCCCGAGAUUGCAAUUCCAAAAGGAACAUUGAUGGCCAUAUUCUUUACCACCCUGAGCUAUUUAGCCAUAUCCUCAACAGUAGGGGCGUGUGUGGUGCGCGAUGCCUCUGGUCACAUGAAUGACAGUUUGCCACUGAACUCCACUGAACUCUGUGAAGGUUUGGGCUGCCGUCUAGGCUGGAACUUCACCGAAUGUGAGCAAAGCCACACUUGCUCCUAUGGCCUGGCCAACAAUUUCCAGGUGCUGAUCCAGGUCUCUGGGUUUGGUCCGUUGAUCUAUGCAGGCAUAUUUGCAGCCACCCUGUCAUCUGCCCUUGCAUUCCUAGUCUCCGCCCCCAAAAUUUUCCAGUGUCUCUGUAAGGACAAAAUAUACCCGUACAUUGGCUUCUUUGCAAAGGGAUAUGGGAAAAACAAUGAGCCACUACGUGCCUAUGUUCUAUGUUACAUCAUUGCACUGUGCUUCAUUCUGAUUGCUGAACUGAACACAAUAGCUCCUCUCAUCUCCAACUUCUUCCUGUGUUCUUAUGCUCUCAUCAACUUUAGCUGUUUCCACGCAUCUAUCACAAACUCCCCUGGAUGGAGGCCAUCAUUUCGGUAUUACAGCCACUGGAUUGCUUUGUUUGGGGCUGCCAUUUCUGUCAUACUGAUGUUCUUGCUCACCUGGUGGGCAGCUCUCAUUACAUUUGGCAUUAUCAUCUUCUUACUUGGCUACGUGACCUACAAGAAGCCAGAGGUGAACUGGGGUUCGUCUGUCCAGGCCAGUACUUACAACAUGGCUCUGUCCUACUCAGUAUUCCUAGCAGGGGUAGAAGACCAUGUGAAAAACUACAGGCCACAGUGCUUAGUUCUGACUGGUCCUCCAAGCAUGCGUCCAGCACUUGUUGACUUUGUGGGUUCUUUCACAAAAAAUAUUAGUCUGAUGAUCUGUGGAGACAUUCUCAUGGUGGAUGAUAAGUCAGUCGUGUCACAGUGUAAUAUGGUAAAAUGGCUCAAUCAGAGGAAAGUUCGUUCCUUCUACACAGCCCUCAAGGCAGCAAGUCUGAGAGAAGGAACACGUCAUCUUUUGCAGGCCACUGGUUUGGGAAAAUUGAAGCCUAAUAUACUUGUGAUGGGUUUCAAAAUGAACUGGCAGGAGAGCUCUCCCCAUAGCAUUGAGGACUACAUCAACACCAUAUAUGAUUCUUUCGACUCAAAUCAUGGAGUCUGUGUUCUCCGCAUGAUGGACGGACUGGACGUUAGAGACGAGUUACAGAGCGAGGUAAACCCAGCCUUUGAGGCAGAUGAGGCCAUUGAUUCAGAUCAGCAAAAUUCUGACAGAGAUUCAGAUAUUGACAACACAAAGAACAUUGAGAAUGAUCAGAUGAAAACAGUGUUCCAGAACAAACAGGGGAAGAAGACUAUAGAUGUGUACUGGAUAUCUGAUGAUGGAGGUCUGACUCUUUUAGUGCCAUAUCUGUUGAGCAGAAGGAAAUGCUGGAGACACAGUAAAGUCAGAGUGUUCAUCAUUGGGGAACAGCAAACCAUGGAGGAGGAUCGCAAAGAAAUGAUGACUUUACUCCAACGUUUUCGAUUGGACAUUCAUGAUGUUAUUGUUAUGACGGACAGUGAACGUCCACCUCUUGCCAAAAACAUGAGGCGCUUUGAGGAUGCUAUUGCCCCCUUUAGACUGAAUGAGGGACAGUUGGAUGAGAGAACAGCACAACAACAGAGGACGGCAUGUCCAUGGAAAGUGACAGACAAAGAGAUGGAUGCACUGAGACUCAAGUCGGAGAGGAAAGUUCGACUGAAUGAGAUCAUAAGAAGGAAUUCUAAACAUGCAGCACUAGUUCUUGUGUCUCUCCCUGUACCUCAGGCUGACUGUCCCAGUCCGCUCUAUAUGGCCUGGCUGGACACAUUAAGCUGCGGUCUACACUGUCCCGCCCUUCUAAUACGAGGAAACCAACAAAACGUCCUGACUUUCUACUGCCAGUAAAACACUCACAUAUGUAUUCACUUGUACUGAUUAAUUAACAAGUGUAUGCAGAGUUACUUACUUUUGUGCAAUUCAUGCUCUUAUUCAUGAAUAUUUGUAAUGAAAAAGUGCCUUAUCUUAUACUUAAAAAAAUCUUAUACUUAAUCUGUAUCUUUGUCUUGUUUUCCAGUAAAACUUUUUUUUUUUUUGGUUGGGGGCAAUGUACUUUAUUUUAAGUAUUAUGUCACUUAAAUUUCUGCAUGUCAUUGCAUUAGAUAAGAAAAUAUCAGUAACACUACAUUAAAGGUCUAGUCGUUAACAUUACAAUGCAUUAGAUAUUGUGGAAUAACAAGGAAAAAUGUAUUUUCCAGCAUUUAUUAAUCAUGGCUAAUGUAAAUGUAAUUAUUAAAUACUAUUGUUCAUUGUAUGUCAUGUGCAUAAUGCAUGAACUGAUGUUAACAUAUACAACUUUUAAUGUAAACAUUUAUUUGUAUAUAUAUAGAAAUGGAUAUAAACCAAGAUUAAUAAAUGCUGGAAAAAUAUUGUUCAUGUUACUGUUAAUGCUUAAAAUAUAAAAUACAUAAUGCUUUAAAGGUGCAUUCAGUAAUUUGGGGCUUAUUUAAGAUUUGAUGAUGGAGAAAAACUUGAGUAGUGAUACCGAUGUUGCUUCUUUUUGUUGGACAGGUAAGACAUUAUUAAUUGUUCAGACCUCUCUCUAAAACAGUAUCAGUGGAAUUUACAGAAAACUUGUGUAGUCAAUGUCUGUUAGUAAUGGACAGUUUUCAGCAGUGUUUACAAACGCAACCGGAAAGCAGCGUGUAAUUUAACAGUCUCCAAAGAUUAUUGAUAUGCGGUACAAUAAUAAUCUGUUCUUAACAGAUGAAGUCUGUUCACUUGAACUGACUUUUUUUUUAGGCAAAGCAAUUAUAUUAUAGUAGUAAUAAAUAAAUUUAGAACUUACCUCAAACUUUUACAUUUUCCAGAUGCAAAUUAUAUUCCAGAGCUGGUGGGGGCAGCAGAGACGAUCAUGCUGAUCCAUGUCGAUAGAUGGCAGUACAGCGUCUAACACCCCUGUCACAUCGGUACUUAAAGUAAACGAAGAAGAGCCAUGCUAAUGUUACACUAGCUAGAGCACUACUGAAUGCCCCUUCAACUUGCAUUGACAAGUACAGCCUUUAUUGUAAAGUGUUACUAAAAUAUCAAAUGAAGUGUGCAUGAGCUUUUCUUAGAACACCAUAUUGCAAUGACUUUUAAGAAAGUGGUGUCAAGUUGAUUUUUGUGGGUUUGCUGUAUGAUGUCAAUUCCCCUCAAGUUCACACAGGUGUCCUUGCUGAGUUACCAAGUGUAGUUCAGCACAUUAAAAAUGGAUAUUGUAAUGUAGGACUGAAUAAGCAGGAGGCUGUGAGGAUUUAAGUGCAGCUUUCCUUAAUUUUAAGUGCAAAGAACAAACAUGACAAAACCAAGAAACAAAGCUCACCAACAUCACAUCCAUACAUGACACCAAACAAUGUGUGAAAAAGACAGAGAGAGCUAGAGGGCUGUAAAUUCAAGACAGUUGAGUUAACAAAAAACAACAAGACACAACUGGGAAAAUCAACAGAGACACAAUCAGUGGUAACUGGCAGCAGUGGGAGUUGGACAGAUGCAGAUGUUGGAUGGGUCGAGGAGGCGCCCCACUUUAAAUAGCGCCCCUAUGCAUUGCAUACCUUGCAUAUAUGGUUUUUGUGCCUCUGCGUACACAAAUACACAAAAACUCAAUGCCUUUUUUUUGUUUAUUUCAGAUGUAACACAUUUUAUAUGUUAUGAUUCUUAAUUCUUUAUUUCCAUGUGAUUGAACAACAUAAAAUAUUUUAUAAUUUAAUGUUCAUGAUUUUUUGUUCUUAAUGUAACUAACCAUCAGUCACAAUUGAGAUAAAUUGUAUAUUUCACCUUGAAAAAAGCUUAUCAUGGAUCAUACUUGUAAUUCAUAAACACAUUAAUCUAGUAUUUAUUCACAAUAAAAUUGUAAAAUC